AACAUCUUACGAAACAUGAAGGCUUUGCUGCUUCUGUGUUUUAUUGCCCUGUCUGCAGUUCUGGACAUUUCAGAAGCUAACGAGCAAUCGCCUCUGGCAGACAAGAAAAGUGUUCCUAAAAACCUGCUGGAAAAUUUAAAGAAAGAACUUAACAAACAAGCCAAAGGCAUAAGUUACUUUGCUGGAGAAAAGGGAAUUGAACCAAAAUAUCUUGACUGUCAGGAAAUCUAUGAGAACAACACCGCAGCUGCUAAUGGAGAGUACACUAUCUUCGCUGAUCCAACAAUGCCUGGAAAGAAGGUUUACUGCGACAUGAGCAGCAAAGGUUGGACACUGAUACUUCAACGCAAAAUGGAGAAUGACAUUAGCUUCCACCAGGACUUUAAAAUGUAUGCAAAUGGAUUUGGGGAAACAAGGAAUUCCUACUGGCUUGGUAAUGAGUUUGUGCAUCAACUUACUAAAAAAAAUAAGUACUUGUUACGUGUUGUAUUCCGCACAGCUGAUGGCAAAUUCCCUUUUGCUGAGUAUGAUUACUUUAAGCUGGAAAAUUCCACUUUAUUCUAUACUAUCAGAAUUGGAUCGUACCAGAAAAGUACAGCCGAGGAUGGCUUCAGCUCCCCUUCAUGGAAGAAUAAGGUAGAUAACAUAGCAUUUAGCACCAGCGAUAAAGAUAACGAUCUGUCUCCUGCCAACUGCGCUGCUGCCUUCAAGUCUGGCUGGUGGUUUGAAGACUGCUAUUCCUCCAUUUUGACACUGCCAGGUUAUAUCAAAUGGCAGGGCACAUGUGACAGUGAGACAAAAAUAUGCCCAUAUGUGAAAAUGAUGAUUAGAAGAAACCCUAUCUAAAUUGCAGUUCAUCAUCCAGACAAUGAAUUCACUAUGAAAAUGAAACAAAGAUUCCUUCAGUGAUAUAAUGAUAUUAAUUUCAACUAUUCUUUGUUUAGCUACUGUUUAUUUGUCAUCUCAGCACAAGGGAUGGUCAUGUCAUAAGUCAGCUCAUCUAAUAAAAGCAUUAUAUGUGUUUUGUGUAUUUUAAUUUUCAGUGCAAUGUAUCAUAGCGAUGCCUUCUGUCCUGCAUGUUUAGUAUUAGCUACACAUGCUGUUGAUUUGUAGAUCCUUGUACAAUUGUGCAAACUUAGUUGAAUAGAAUAAUAGAGAUAACAACUAUACAAAACCACAACUUUUAAAAUAAAAGCUAAAUACAUAUAUUUACUGCUGUCUGCAAGUGAAAGAGAAACACAUAUCCAUGAAAUAAUGAUUAAAAAGUUAUUUUUUCAUGCUGGCCUGCUUAGGUUUUGAUAAUCAGGGAAAUGAAGAACAAUGCAUGCAUUUCAGAUAAAGUAAAUAAAUAAACAUGCAACAAGAUGAGUGAAAAAUCAACAAAACGAACAUCAGAGGUAAUAGAAAUACAGCACUGCACUAACAUAUGUGAAGCUGAAAGAGGCAUACAUACUACCUUUAUAAUUUAACUGGAUUUCAAAUGCAGCUAAGAAUUGAUUUCAAUAUCAAGAAACAGAAAUACUUAAAACUGUAAUAAAUGUAUCAAAUAUAACGAAAUGUAACCUGAAAUGUUUCACAAGUCCAUGCAAAAAAUAAAAAAAAAUGUGCAUU